UUUCUCCUGCUGGGCUUGUCGACCUUCUCUCUACUACAUUCUGCCUUCGCUGGCCUGAUGGAGUCUGGUGUCGAUAGCCGCUCAAUCAAACUCGAUGAUGCAUUCCUGGCUGUAUCUCCAGCUGAGGCUACCAUAAACUUUGAUGCCGCUCUCUCAUGCGCCUCGGGUCGCGCGCGGCUUCACGAAGACCAGAUCAAGCAGCUCGAGGAUAGACUCUCGGAGGACCUUAGUAAUUGUCGAGCGAUUGAGAGCUUGCUCAGGGAUGCAUUCAAUACUCUCAAGCGUAACCAUAGGCGCGCAGAAAGAGACGCAAUACGCACGCAUCUUCCUCACAUUGAUGCAGAACUCGACAAGUCUAUGCAGGUCCUUUCGGAUCUAGAACUUCGCCUUCCUGAAAUCCAGUCUCAGGUCGCCCAUAUACAGCAGGUAUACGAUUCCGGUCGUCGCAAGGCGCAGGAGCUCGUGCAGGACCUUGAUUGGUUGAACACCGACUUCUACGAGCGCUGGCGUAUCAUCAUAUUCACUUCGAAGAGUCCCGUCUCGUGGAGAUGGAAAGCUAUAAUGCGCUUCAUCUUCGCCAUGUGUUUCGCGCUCGCAGCCUGGUUCAGCUGGAUCGCGCUUCGUGGUGCGUACAGGGCGUAUAGGCAGAAGGUUAUGUGGGGACCGAGAUUGCCAUCAUAAUAGCCCUUCCUUACCACCUACACGCUGCCCCAUCGAACGAGUAUAGGGCGGCAGGGGCCGCAGACGUCUGUAUAUUGUAUAUUCUAUCAUAUUUUUGGUUCUCUCUCCCUCUUGUAUCUAUGUGUCUGCUACUUUACCACCUCUCCCUUUGCUUCACGUCGCCUCUACAUUUAUCUCGUCCUUUCUUUACCGCACCUUGCAGCACAGUCUCGAACCUCCAUCCAUUUCUUUCUUUCUGAAUCAUUCAGCAUCACUGUCAC